AAGUCGAUAUUUCACAGAAAUGUCAAAGGAUUGUGGUCUCUGCCGCAGGCGAGAGGAAGAAAAGACAAGAACAAGAGAGAGAGGGCUAGCCUGAGUCGUGAGGGUCGACUGUGCGAUGAGAGGAAUGAAACGGCGAGCGAAUGCGAAGGGCUUUAUAUCAGGUCAGGGCGAAGCGGCUGGCGUCCGUCCCCUGAGCAAACAAGCUUCCCCCAGGGCGACGGACGCAAGGCACCGGAUGCAUGUCGACGUCGCCACGGCGGAUCAGCGAGGGCAAGCACAGGCAGCGGAGCCGCAGACGGGACGGACGCUGGUCAGGGAGCGUUUGACAGAGGGCAAAGGGCGGAAUGUGGGCCCGGAUUGGCUCGAGAGGGCAGGAGACGCGUUUCGAAACCGCGUUCCUUCUGCUCGUCCAGCGAUGUUGCCCCAGAGCAGGCGUCAGGGCGCUGUGGCGUCGUCGAGCGUUGCGACCCCUGGCGUGGGGAUGCUGCAGGCCGGCGUUAUCGAUAGGACUGCAACCCAGCCGAAAGCGCUGAUCGGGCCGUGCAACAGCCAAUGGGCCGCCACCACUGGGCCUUGCUCGCGGCCAGUCCUGACCUCGUCCCCAGACGGUGAGGGGCCGUUGUCGGCCUCACAAUGCUUUCGAACACGGCCUCGCUCAACAUCCUCGUUCGCUGCGCCCAUCACCGGCUGAAACACGCCGGCUGCCGGCACCACGCACCCCCCCAAGCUCUUAGCAGCUCUGAGCCAGAGAUAGCCUUCGCACCACGCCGAAGUGCUGCGUGCCGCUCGCGUGACUGUUGCGACCGUUUCGUUCAACGACGUCGUCCUUAGGUAGCGUUGAGGCUGAAAUCUGACUCCAUCCUGCAGGUC